UCAUUGAACUGACCAACCGUGAUAGAGCUACUGUGAAUUUCCUUGGUUACCAUCCAGCAUCCAUUAUCUGUCAUCGAUAAAUUCUAUAAUUGCUAAUUUUGUAGCUUAUGGAUAAACAGGCUGAGCGCAUCUUUACGAAAUUUGGUUUUGAAUUGCUGAUUCGGUGCUGCCACCUGUUCCUAUAAUCAAAUUGACAAUGGCUUGAGGUCAGCUGUGAAAUGUGUGGUUGUUAAUAACGAUGUUAUAAAGGUAUCAUACGAAGCAUUGAAUUCAGGAAAGUUGAAGAAAGUUUAUCUUCGAUUCAUUCAUUAGCUUUAAAAAUAGGAUAUAGAAAUGGAUUGCCCGAUAUGUGGCAAGGAGUUUUUGGCCUCGGAGAUCGAGAGUCACGUGAAUAAAUGUUUGUUUUUAAAUGACAUGUCAAAAAAUGCAAAAUCUUCGGUGGAAUCAAGUGGUAUGAAAAGGUCCCACUCCUUAGGACUGCAGGGUAAUAACAAAAGAAAAACGCCCGGACCUUUGGCUAAGAAAGCCAAAUACUUGUCGUCCAGUGAAAACUUGGACGAAAGUGAAGAGAAUGACGAACAAAGUGUCGGUAUCACUUCAGCCGAAAGCGCCAAUCUCGUUCCCCAUAUUCAACAGAAAAAAGUUGGUAGUAUUAAAAAAUCUCACAAAGACGACCAUGUUCCACUUGCCGAGAGAGUGAGGCCCACGGGUCUGAUGAAUUACGUAGGCCAGAAACAUGUUCUUGGACCGCAGUCGGUCCUCCUUCAGUUGUUGGAAAAGAAAGAAGUUCCUAGCAUGAUUUUAUGGGGACCUCCAGGUUGUGGGAAGACGUCUCUAGCGAAUGUGAUAGCUCAUAUAUGUAAACAAGCGCCUGGUGGUAAAAUGAGGUACGUAAAACUGUCUGCGGCAAUGUCGGGCGUGAACGACGUCAAGGAGGCUGUUAGUCGAGCAGCGAAUGAGUUAAAAUUUGGUCGGCGUACCGUGAUGUUCAUGGAUGAGAUACACAGGUUCAACAAGCUCCAGCAGGAUAUUUUUUUGCCCCAUGUCGAGGCCGGCACUGUGACUUUGGUAGGAGCAACGACAGAGAAUCCAUGCUUCAGUUUGAAUUCUGCUCUGUUGAGCAGAUGUCGUGUCGUUGUAUUGGAAAAGCUAACAACUCCUGACCUCGUUUCGAUCAUUCAAAAUGCUGUAACUUUCAUGGAGGGCAAGGUGUUCUCUGCUUCUGGGAACGCCAGUUCUGGAAACAGUAACAACGCUGUCAAUGAAUCAUGCAGUUCAGAGGAUAAAUACACAGAAUCGGUUGAGUCUGACGAGUCGUUUGUUCCGAUGUUUAUAGUAGACGAGCCCACGGUUCAGUGGUUGGCUGAAACUUGCGACGGUGAUGCACGCAUAGCCUUGGGAGGGCUCGAACUUGCCGUGCAAUCAAAAGUUCCCGCUGAAAAGGAGUUCCUUGAGAAAGGACCUGGACUCAUUACCUUGGAUGACGUGAAGGAAAGCCUGAAAAAGUCACACGUACUGUACGACAAGAAAGGGGACCAGCACUACAAUUUAAUAUCUGCAUUGCACAAGUCCGUUAGGGCUAGUGACGAUAAUGCUGCGCUUUACUGGCUUGCUCGUAUGCUGGCUGGGGGUGAAGAUCCUAUGUAUAUUGCCCGGCGAUUAGUUAGAAUGGCCAGCGAGGAUGUUGGCCUUGCUGAUCCUAAAGCUUUGGGUAUUGCAGUGUCUGUGAUGAACGGAUGCAAGAUGAUUGGCAUGCCAGAGAGCGACGUGUUAUUAGCUCAGUGCACUAUAUACUUGGCAAGAGCUCCAAAGUCUCGAUUGAUGGAAGAUGCACUUAGAGCGGCGCAAAGAUUGGUAGCUAAUCAAAAAGGGCAGCAGCCUGACGUCCCGAUCCAUUUGAGAAGUACAGGCUCCUCAAAAUUGGUCAGUCUACUUGGACAUGGAAAAGGAUAUAAUAUGCUGCAUAAAGAUGAUUCUGGAUUGAAUUACAUGCCACAGGGUAUGGAGGAUGUGAAUUUUUUUGAAGAGGACGAGCUUACAAAUAUUACCGGUUAAUAUUAUAUAUAACUUAUCAAUCCUGUUUCGAACGUUAAUACGUACUAUUUUCUUUUACAGCUGUGAAUGUGAAAAAGAUUGAUAUUUACGUUGCUUAUAAUUUUAUAGUAAGGUGAAAAAAGGGAAAAAAUAUGGCCCUUAAGUACAAGUUAUUAUUUACAAUUAAGUUCAAAUUGCAGCGAAAUCGACCAAACACUACCUCCGUAUGUUGCACGUAUCGGAUUUUAAUGAUAUUGUUAUGUGUGGGAUUAAGAUUAUAUUUUUUUAAAUACA